GAUGCAGAGAGCAUGCAAGAAAUGCAUUAAGAAAUGCUUGAGGGCUCAUGGGGAAAAACCCAGUUCCUCAUUUUCUUCAAAAGUUUCUGCGGUCCCCUCUUUCUUCAAGAUCAUGAUUGGUGAUUUUGGAGAAGCCUUGUUCAUUCCACCAACUUUUGCUCGAACUUUACAAGGCCUCAUUAACAAGAAAAUUUAUCUUGAAGAUUCUGCUGGAAACCGUUCAAUAGUAAAAUUAAGCGCGACAAAAGAUGGUUCUCUGAUCUUUAAACAAGGAUGGCAUGAUUUUAUAUUGGAUCAUUCAAUAUCUUUGGGAGAAAUUGUUAUUUUUAAGCACAUCGGUAUAUCUCAAUUCACUGUCCAAAUUUAUGGCACUAGUGGCUCUGAGAGAUUUCAGUUCAAAGGAGAAGGAAAUAACAACAAACGAAAAAGGAAAGAGAGUAAGAAUGAAGCUUCCCCUAAUAUUUCGCCUCUAAGUAAAGCUAAGACAAAUUGUGAAGCUUCAGAAAGAAAUCAUAAUGCUUCCGAUGAAGAUGCUGGCAGAAAUUCUCCCAUAGUCUUGUCUGAUGAUGAUAAAGUUAUGGAAAAACUUACUAAAGAUGGAUCUAACAGAUGGGUGAAAAAAUCAGCAGAAAAUAAUAUCGAAAAUAGAAAGAAAAAUCUGAUUGUUGAUAAAAGGACAACCAGGAGAUGCUUGUAUGCUACUGAGAGAAAAUCGUCGAAUGUGCGCAAGGAGGCAGAAUGCGAGCAAGAGAUAUUCAAAAUACCUCCAGGGUUUUCUUGGUCUCAUAAAGCAUCAAACGAAGGGAAAACGUCAAUGAAUAAGCAAGCAAUGGAAGUAGAAUGUACCAAGGAUAUGAAAGAAGAUUCGGGUUUAGAGAAAAACUGUUCUGUGAUAAAUACGAGUUUUCGAGAUACAAAGGCAAAUGAGAAAAAAUUAGCUGAUCAGUGUAAUAGCCUCAAAAGACCCAAACUUGUUUCCAGAAGACCCAAAAUUGUUUCAACAUUGGAUAAUAAUAAUAAGGAUGAAAUGAGAACCGAGAUUGACGACUGGGCAAUAGUCACAUCUCCUCUCUCUAAGGAAAAAUUAUCCGUUGUGGAAUUCUCACAAGAGAAUAAUGUAUUUAUGAAAGAUCAGAUUGAAAAGGGGAAACCCAAAGGAGAUGAUAGUUCAGAGCCUAAUAGUAUUGAAAAAUCUGAAAAUGAAGCUCCACAGGAGUUUGCUAAUGAGGAUGAGGAUGAGAAUCGAAUUGUAUCCAAAGAGUUUGGUAAUGAGGAUUCUAAGGAUGAAGUUGAAGUGAAGAGUGAUGCUACGAUUAGCUUAUUGGCUCCAAAAGAGGAUUGUAAAGCUUUGGGUGCUGAGAAAGAAGAAGUAACAAGUAAAGGUUCAUCUCUACAUGAAAAUGGCAUCGAAGCACCAUCAUGCUCUCCGAUAUUGAAUUGCAAAGAUAAUGACCAAGACGAUCUCCCGCUAUUGCUUGAGGGGAUUAUUAAUGACAAUCAAUCUGAAGGAAAGUUGGAAUUGGAUGAUAAGAAGGUCAGUCCCUGCUCAAAAGGAGAGGCUUCAGAGGUUGUUAAAGCUAAAGAAAUGGAUCCAAUUGAUUCUACGACCGUAAAAAAUACUGAUUUCAGCAUUACGGUUUCUCUGAUUUCUCAGACUUGGCUUCUUUUGCCUGAAAAAUUACCAGCUUGUCCCUUAAGAAAGAGAUGUCUAAGGAAAGUUGUUGUUCUUCAAGAUCCAUCCAUGAGACUGUGGCCAGUUCUCUACCAUGAAAGCUUUGAAUUCAUAGGCUUCAUCGGUGGCUGGGAGGAUUUCGCUACGGCAAACAAGCUUCAACAAGGUGAUACUUGUCAAAUUGAAUUGGUUAGUUCAUCAGAACCUACCUUUAAAGUUCAGUUCUCGAGUUCUCAGAAUCCAAUGUGAGUGACGUAAAUUGUACGUACAUGUUUUGUGAUCUCUAUCAGAACCUGAAUGGUUUCGAAGAUCUUUUGUUUGUAUUGUAAAGGAAGCUAUAAGGCAAUGAAUCUCCUCAUG